GCUGGGAUGGGGAAGCUGAGGCUUCCAGACGUCGUUGGACUCCAACUCCCCUCAGCCCCAGCUAGCAUGGCCAAUGGUCAGGCAUAAUGAAGUUAGGGUCCAGCAUCAUCUGCCCGGCAACAGAUGCCAAAACCCUGCCUUAAAGGGAGGGUGGGCUGUGUGAGUGGGUGGACAACAAACAGGCAGGAGAAGCUUGCAGCUGCCAGAGCAGCAGCAGAUUUAAACAUAAAAGGAGAAUCUCCAGGUUUAACAUGGGCAGUUUUAUUCCUAAUGCUUUCCUCUGGAUAUUUGCAAUUGUGUCUGUGUUGCUUUUACCAUUUCUCUUGGAGAAACAGUCAAAUUAAUAGUCCUUUCAGAACACUGAUUAUUUUUACUCUCCCCCCUCCCCUCCUUCACUUAAUUCCUGGAACAGCUCUGGAACGGAAGCAGCCACUUCCAGGCCACUCUUGCUGCAGCACAGUUGUGACAUGAUGAAGAAGCAAGCCGCCCACCCACAUGUUACAUAAACAAGUUACAUAAAGCCCAGGUCCGGAAUACAACCAAAGACAGAACUGUGAAUCCACCAAAGGGAAAAUAAAUGGUGAGUCUGUUAACAGCUCAUUCCUGAACGCUGGAUCGCCAGAAAAGGACCAAACAAAAAACCUCGACAAAAAUCAGCCCCCGCUGAGAUCCAAGGGUUAAAAUACAACUCAUAACUGCCAUUACUUUACCAGCCUCAUGAGCAGCAGUUGGAAACUCACCUAGAGUUGCCAUCUCUUCAGCUGAUCACUAUAGUUGUGCCUUUAAUAGUGGCACACUCUGCAGGAAUUAUCAGCUCCACCUACCAGUGGGCUGCAGGCCCCAGGAAGUUAUCCAUGCGGCCCUGUGGCUGAAAAAAGGUUUCCCACCUCUGUCUUAAGUGAAUAGGCAGCUUUUGUGUUGGGCUGUGCUCCUGGACCCACCAAAUUUACAAAACCCUGAUCCUGGCCCCAGAAGGCUUCAACCCCGGUAAUUUUGAUAGCAUGCAUUGGCAACUCUACCACGGCUAAAGGGAUAGGAGCAGACCCUGCUGGGUUUUUUAAAGGUUGAACCACCAGGCGCUGCCGCGUCGCAGCUCCAGCAACAGUCGCGAGCCACCGCUGCGUUGGCCACUUGGAGAAAGUUGCGCGGCGCGACCGACGCUUCCUCAGGAAUCCGGAUGCGCUCGGAGGAGGCCGCCGCCCCAGCAGCGCCCGGGCUAGCUGGAUUGCCCCUCGCUGGGACGCCGCCACCGCCGCCACCACACAGGGGUCUCCCUAGGCAGAAAGGGCGAGUUGAUCCGGAACUGGCGAUGGAGGCCCCACAGCUGGACCUCCUGGAAUCUCCCGAGGGCUGCCCCUCCCCUCUGGAGCUCAAGUCUGCCCCCAGUAAGAAGAUGUGGGUCAAGCUCCGGGCGCUGCUGCGGUACAUGGUGAAACAGUUGGAGACAGGAGAAGUGAAUAUUGUGGAGCUGAAGAAGAACUUGGAAUAUACUGCUUCGUUGCUUGAAGCCGUCUACAUUGAUGAGACCAGGCAGAUCCUGGACACGGAAGAUGAACUCCAGGAGAUCAAGUCUGAUGCAGUUCCCUCUGAGGUGCGGGACUGGCUGGCCUCCACGUUCACCCAGCAGACCCGUGCCAAGGGACGCCGUUCCGAGGAGAAGCCCAAGUUCCGCAGCAUUGUGCACGCUGUUCAAGCUGGCAUCUUUGUUGAGAGGAUGUUCCGUCGGACGUACACAGCAGUGGGGCCCAACUAUUCUCUCUCCGUCAUCAACUGCCUGAAGACUCUCGACCUCUGGUUUUUUGAUGUCUUUGCACUGAAUAAGGUGAGUGAGGACCAUGCCUUGCGCACGAUUGUCUUUGAACUUCUCACCCGCCACAACCUCAUCAGCCGCUUCAAGAUCCCCACAGUGUACCUCAUGACCUUCCUUGAUGCACUGGAGGCUGGCUAUGGGAAAUACAAGAACCCGUAUCACAAUCAGAUACAUGCUGCUGACGUCACCCAGACUGUGCACUGCUUCCUGCUUCGCUCUGGCAUGGUGCACUGCCUGGCGGAGAUUGAGGUCCUGGCCAUAGUGUUUGCAGCCGCAAUCCAUGACUACGAGCACACGGGAACCACCAACAGCUUCCAUAUCCAAACCAAAUCAGACACGGCCAUUUUGUACAAUGACCGCUCGGUGCUGGAGAACCACCAUAUCAGCGCCGUCUUCCGUAUGAUGCAGGAGGAAGAGAUGAACAUCCUCGUCAACCUGACCAAGGAUGAAUUUGCGGAACUCCGGUUGCUUGUCAUUGAAAUGGUUUUGGCUACAGACAUGUCCUGUCACUUCCAGCAAGUCAAGUCCAUGAAAACCUCCCUGCAGCAGCUUGAGCAGAUCGACAAGUCGAAAGCACUCUCCUUGUUGCUGCAUGCGGCUGACAUCAGCCACCCCACCAAACAAUGGACGGUGCACUCCCGAUGGACCAAAGCCCUCAUGGAAGAAUUCUUCAGACAGGGGGACAAAGAGGCUGAGCUUGGAUUGCCCUUCUCUCCCUUGUGUGAUCGUACAUCCACACUGGUGGCUCAGUCACAGAUUGGAUUUAUUGAUUUCAUUGUGGAGCCCACUUUCCAAGUUCUGACGGAUGUGGCCGAGAAGAUGGUCAUUCCCCUGGUGGAGGAAGGCUCCAAGAACAAAUCCUCCAGCCAGCAGAGCAGUUCCCAUUGGCGCCAGCCCUCUGUGGAUGAGCAUGCUGAACUGGGAGACAUCAAUGCUGACAUCAACAGCUUCCGUGCCACCUGGACAAAGUACAUCCAAGAGAACAAGCAGAAGUGGAAGGAGCGAGCUGCAAGUGGAAUCACUAACCAGACAUCCAUUGAUGAGCUCUCGCCCUGCGAGGAGGAGCCAAGCACGCCUGAGAACCAGCACAAUCAGAACGGCAAUGUGGAAUAGCACGGCCUGUGUGGAAGCAAGGUCCCCGACGCAAUUUACUCCAAAGUCUUCAGUACCAUCGACUCAGCACCAUCCGCACAGGGACGGCUCGAGAAGGGUGUGACAUGAAUGCGACCAUCAAUACUACUAGUAAUAAUAUUAAUAACGACAAAUGCAAACAACAAACGAGUUAACGAUGUCGACAUCACACAGCACCCACUGCCUGCCCCAUCCCUGAGUUGCAACAAAUGAGUCAGAGAGAACCCCCCGUGUUACUCCCGUCCCCCAGGCGCCAAUGAGCAAAUGGCCUCAGUGGCAUCGGGGACUGUCACUCACCCACACACAGUCACACAUCUUCCCCGCUGUGCCGAACUGCCCGGGUAAGGCUUCUCACUGCCAAACCAGCAAAGUGACUGCCGAGGCCACUGCCACAGCUGGUUUUUUCAAGACAGUAGCUGGAAUUGCACUUUGGAGGAGGAAAACGUCAAGGAGUUAUUGAGCCUGGCAGUCACAGGUGGGGUGGGGAGAGAAUCACACCCCUGCACAAUCAGUGUGGAUCCCAGCAGGCCUCGGAGGUAAGCUAAAUCAACAGUUGUUGCCACCCACCCCACCAUAGACACUUGUGAGAUUACAGCUGCAGUUCUGCUCCUGGGGCAGUUUGCUGACACCUCUCAUAAGAGCCCAGCUCCUUGCAUUAAAAAGUGUUUGCCCUAUACUCAGCCUCCCAUUUUUGUCAAGCCUGAUCAGCUAGUCUCUCUCGACUGCUUUGGGCAUUAAACUAGAUAGGCUGAGAUACACAAUGUGUUGAAUCUCACUCCUCCUGAGCAAUAGUUAUACAAUGUCCAGGUGCUUUUAAAAAAGCCUCCCCUUUAGUGGAUGCCACCAUUAACCGUGGCCCACUCCCAGCAACCAGUGGUACCAUUUGUGAGAUUCAGGCAUCUGUUGGAAAGUGGCAGGCACCCUCUUUCCUGACACUUCUUUGGUCACAUGGGUGGGGUGGAGUGGGUGGGUAGGAGUUAAAUUGCACUUCCUCCUCCCAUCCAGAGACUGAACCCAGUCUGUCUGCCUGUAGGGGAUCUGCAAUACGGAUGCUGCACAGACCUUGUGCCCGCUGGCCGUUCUGUAGCUGCUGGGCUCUGGGGCAUGGAAUGCUCACAGGGUGGCAAAGGUGGUGCAUCCUCUAUGGACAAGUUCAAUGAUCUGUGUGUUCCUGGGAUCUCAAAAGUAGGUUGCUGUCACCAUGGAUGUGGGCUUGGAUGAUCUUUCAUUAGGGAGCCUGUCUGCCUAUGUGACUGAUGUGAUUGUAUGCCCGUGUUGCUGUGUGCAAUGGAAAUCAGGGCAUUGGGGGGGGGCAAGCUACUGUAGGCUCAGCUUGUAGAUAUGUGAAGAGGGCUCUGAAGAGGACUCCCCAACAGCAGGAGAGCAAAAGGUUUUGCACUCCAGGUUUUAACAUGAACCGGAACCAGUCUUUAAUGCUAGGUCUCAGCUAGGUAAUAAUUUAACAGCAUACCUGUAACCAAAUGUAGGCUACAGACCACUCCCACAUAGCUGAAACGGUAAGGUAUGUCUUCCAGAUCAGAGGACUGGCUUCUAGAGAAACUUGGUCCCCAGCAUCUCUCUCUUUCUCACUCUCUCUUUCCCCCCCCCCCAGAAAUAAGUCAUAACAGAAUCGUGGCUUUGGAUUCUGAUGAAUUUGUAGCUUGAGAUUGAGGGGUAUCAUCAGGCAUGCACAUGGAACAUCUCUUGUGAGUCCUCCUGAGACUGGAGAUCAUCUGUUAAGCUAAAAUAGCAGAGCUGGCCAGUUCCCAGCCUAGGGAUGUCUUCCUUGGAAUGUUUGAUUGAAACAUUUGCUGCCCUUGGUGACUACUAACACACUAGUCCCCUUAGGAUACUGUGCAGGUGCACUCAUCUACUCAGCAUAAGGAACUACAGCAAUGGCAACAGCAGCAGACAACAAGCUGAAUAAUGACAUGGCUCAAGUGGCUUGAGAGGCAAAUUGGGUGCAUGGCUAGGCAGUCUCACAGUGCUUCAUCACUUGCCAAACAAUGUAUGGAUCCCGACAAUCCAUGUUCGCAAUACGGCCAUGCAAUGUGGCACUUAUUUAUGACAACGAAUGACUCUGAGAAAUUCUGCCUUAGGCCAAUCUACACAUUCAUGAAAAGCAUAAUGUACACUCUCAUGUGGGCUGUGCCACUUUAGAAUGCCUGUUAAAGGAAUUGCAUGAUUGAAUGCUCCCCAGAUCAAAAUCCCUCUACCCAUGGAUUGUUAAGGACAGUUCCAACCUGCCUAAUUCCUAAUGCGCUCAUUUCUAAGUGGAGAUAUAUAUGUAUAUUUUUAAAUGGGUAAGCAUUUGAAUAUGUAUCAGGUGUAUUUCCUGAAUGUGUAGAUUCCUCUUAGACUGUCCCAUGCUGGAUGAGGACCUUUGGCUAUGACAGUUGUAGAAAAGGUGCAGUGAUUAAUUUUGUUAAACCAGUUAGUUGUUGGAAGUUUUUGUCUUUACAUGGUUCCUUAACUAUAGGGACCAGAGCGCCAGGUAGAUGAAAAUACAUUCCUGCAUUUACACAUGUGGCUGUUUGGUUCUAGGGUUCUUGAGAACAAAAGAAAAUGCAAAGCAAGCUGUUUUGAUUUAUUUUAAGAAUAGCCAUGGUGGGGCAAUGUGGCUAUGCAUAUUAACAUUGAUAAUGACGUGAGGAGGAAGGGGAGAGAGAGAGAGAGAGAGAGAGAGAGAGAGAGAGAGAGAGAUUAGUGGUGCAUUUGGGUCUCUGUCCAAGAGUAGAAGCCAGUUGGAAGCUGCUGAAGGUGUGGAAAGAAAAGUGAAAAAAUUCCCAGCAUUUGUGGUGGGACAGGAUGUCCCUUCCAUUCCUUCAAAACAGAUGUCUAUCCCAGAUCAUCACAUGACUGUGUGAUUCAGGCUUCAGUUUCUCCUCACCUUUUCUCCCCCAGUUGCAAGCACUUGGAAUGGGGACAUGGUUGGGAAUUUUGCCCUUUAUGGCUCCUUCAGCUCUGACAUCUUGUCCAAUGCUUCGAAUGCUCCCCCUGGGACUUAACAAGGCUGAACAAGGAUUGUUAAGGGUUGGAGUUAAUCUUCACCCUGACUCUGCCGUUUCUUCCAAGUGACCAACCCGGAUGUAACUUACUGUUCUCAUUUCCGGCCUCUUUGUCCUCCUACUCCCAGCCCCAGAACUUUGUAAAUACCCCUCUUUGUCAAUACAUUUGGUCCGUGGAACUCUGUAUGUGUCUGUACCUCGGACAUAAUUUUUCUACCAUGCAGUAACUUUUUUUUCUUUUG